ACUGUGUCACUUGCAAAGGAGUAAAAGAAGUAAACCGGAAAUGUCAACCCAGUGACUUCGAAGUCGCUGUCGUUACCUUCACUCUUCCAAAACAAACGAUGGCUUUUUAAAAGGCGCAAGUAACAUUCCCGUAACGUCGAUAAAAGGCCGCUGCGAAUAUGACAAAUGUGUACUCUUUCGAUGGGAUCCUGGUGUUUGGGCUGCUCUUCAUCUGCACGUGUGCAUACUUCAAGAAGGUACCUCGCCUCAACAGCUGGCUGCUCUCGGAGAAAAAGGGAGUGUGGGGAGUCUUUUACAAAGCUGCAGUCAUCGGGACACGUCUUCAUAUAUCGGUGGCCAUCUCCUGUGUGAUCAUGGCGUUCUAUUUGAUCUUCCUGAAAUGAUGGCACGGAAAAGAUCGGGAAGAAAUUGGAUCGGCGCAAGAAGUGGUCAUGCGGGAGUCCUUGCGGGACAAGACGCGACAGCCGUGACGUCACGUUGCCUCGUGAACUGGCUUUGAAAGACGAGUCAGUGCCGCCCCCUUCUGGUGACGGGGUAAAUGUCUCCCAAAACAGAUGAAGUCAUCCUGAAUCCGCACCAGUUUUUUUAAUACGAGAAGCCUUCUUCGUUCAGAUAAUUAUUUAUACCGAAGGUAUGGCGUUGAGUGUAUUUAGCCUGUACGACGUGAAUUUAGAGUACUCUUCUGAUCAAACUGAAAAGGAUUCAUUUAACACCUUUGCAUUUAUUGUACCUUUUGGUUUCCCUUCAGAUCUUGUGGAUUUGAAACCGGUUCUUAAACUACACAGCUCGGUCCGUCUAAUUGCUUACUGUAUGAUAAUUGUUUAUAAGUCUGUACUGACUGCUGUUCUAAAUGGAGAUUUGUAUAAAUUGGACCAAUGUGUGUGAACAUGUCCUUAGAAAUAUACUUGGUUACAAUAAAUGAGGACAGUGGUUAUGUAGAACUAUUUCAUGAUAUCAUUCAAAGGAAAUGUUGAGGCGGGAGUCCAAUGGAACUUUGAGUAAAAUACUAGAAACUACUACUAAGAUCAUGUCUAUACAUAUUUAGCAAAAAGAAGAUUUUUUUCCCUACGGUUUGGCUUAUCAUCCACACACACAUUUAACACUUAG